UACGAAUGUAACUCCCGACCACUCUUCUAAAUAUACUAAGGCGGAGAACUCUUGUUCAUUGGAGCGCCGUAGUGCGGAGGUUCUUCCCAUCAUGGAAGUCCGAGUUGGGACUGAGCCUUCCGAAUGAUAAUGCUUUGUUUCGUUGGAAAAACCAACGCAAAUCUCAUAUUGACUUUCUAUCGCCCUACUUCUAAGGAUAGAUAGAGAGAGUUACUUUAUGAAAUUAUCUCCCUUCUAAAGCAGCGCAAGUCGGCCCCCCCAGAACAAAGCCCCUACUCCCGAGAGGUAUAAAUGACUCGACUAAAAGGAGAGGUAUUUAUUACUCGAGCACUUGUUGCGAGAGGUCCAACGUAAUUUAUUACUCUUAUAAAAGAGGGAACUCGACUGAAAGGAGAGGUUGUUUACAUACUCGACUAAAAGGAGAGGUCCAAAUGGACUUCUGUGAAUUACAGUGAUCCAGUCUCACGGAUAUGGAGCUUCGCCGGAGAUGGCAGGGCAAAACCUGAUGGACCUUUUUUUUUUUUUUCUCAAGAGGUGAUUUCGAGAAUCAACCAACCGACGAGACUAAUUCGAGGAUGUGUUAAAAGAGAGUCUAACCGCCAAGGCAAGUCCCAUGGAUAAGCCCCAGCCUCCCUCUCGUUUCACUCUCGUUCCUCUCCUUACAGUCGAGCUCCUUUGUUCCUUCGGACCUCUCGCCCAAAUGAAAUGGGAUGAAUCCAAUCAAUAAGCUUAUUGAUUGAUUCAGAGCGCAGCGAAGCCAAAUUCAAUCAAGGCAAAGGGGGGCUUACUUUUCCUGACGCUGAGUCAUCCUAUUCAAAUUUAGCUAUGCUAAUGUAACAGGAAAAGUUUUCACAGAUGAUAUGGAUCCCAAGAGAUGAGCGAGAACCUCCAAUUGCUUAAGGAUCGCACUCCGCUAUCCCGCUUGGUGGACGAGAUCUUCUCUCGGGUCAUCCAUCCUGGGUUACUGAAGGGUUGUCCGACUGCUCGGUGACCGAAUCAGAGAAGUUUUGACCGCUUUCUCUUCUCUCCAGCACUCUCGGACUGAUCAUCCAAUCCAUCUUGCUGCGACAAAGCAAGCUUAGGAAUGAAUCUAAGAAAUUUAGGUCUCUGCCCGCUUGAAAGAUUCUUCUUUCCUUUUCGGUGAAAGAGGGCAAAAGUGUGUAGGAGAAAGAAUUCUAAAAACGUCGACGCUUAAUUCGCCCCCUCCAUCCUUCAAAAGUAAAAGAAAGGCUCAAAUAUCAAUAUUAUAUAUAUAUUUGAGGAUAUUUUAGGGCCCUAGAACGCAAAAAAAAGGUGGGUGAACAAGAGUUGUCACGAUAGGAAAGAGAAAUGACUAUAAGGAACCAACGAUUCUCUCUUCUUAAACAACCUAUAUCCUCCACACUUAAUCAGCAUUUAGUAGAUUAUCCAACCCCGAGCAAUCUUAGUUAUUGGUGGGGGUUCGGUCCGUUAGCUGGUAUUUGUUUAGUCAUUCAGAUAGUGACUGGCGUUUUUUUAGCUAUGCAUUACACACCUCAUGUGGAUUUAGCUUUCAACAGCGUAGAACACAUUAUGAGAGAUGUUGAAGGGGGCUGGUUGCUCCGUUAUAUGCAUGCUAAUGGGGCAAGUAUGUUUCUUAUUGUGGUUUACCUUCAUAUUUUUCGUGGUCUAUAUCAUGCGAGUUAUAGCAGUCCUAGGGAAUUUGUUUGGUGUCUUGGAGUUGUAAUCUUCCUAUUAAUGAUUGUGACAGCUUUUAUAGGAUAUGUACUACCUUGGGGUCAGAUGAGCUUUUGGGGAGCUACAGUAAUUACAAGCUUAGCUAGCGCCAUACCUGUAGUAGGAGAUACCAUAGUGACUUGGCUUUGGGGUGGUUUCUCCGUGGACAAUGCCACCUUAAAUCGUUUUUUUAGUCUUCAUCAUUUACUCCCCUUUAUUUUAGUAGGCGCCAGUCUUCUUCAUCUGGCCGCAUUGCAUCAAUAUGGAUCAAAUAAUCCAUUGGGUGUACAUUCUGAGAUGGAUAAAAUAGCUUUUUACCCUUAUUUUUAUGUCAAGGAUCUAGUUGGUUGGGUAGCUUUUGCUAUCUUUUUUUCUAUUUGGAUUUUUUAUGCUCCUAAUGUUUUGGGACAUCCCGACAAUUAUAUACCUGCUAAUCCGAUGUCCACCCCGCCUCAUAUUGUGCCGGAAUGGUAUUUCCUACCGAUCCAUGCCAUUCUUCGUAGUAUACCUGACAAAGCGGGAGGUGUAGCCGCAAUAGCACCAGUUUUUAUAUGUCUCUUGGCUUUACCUUUUUUUAAAAGUAUGUAUGUGCGUAGUUCAAGUUUUCGACCGAUUCACCAAGGAAUGUUUUGGUUGCUUUUGGCGGAUUGCUUACUACUAGGUUGGAUCGGAUGUCAACCUGUGGAGGCACCAUUUGUUACUAUUGGACAAAUUUCUCCUUUGGUUUUCUUCUUGUUCUUUGCCAUAACGCCCAUUCUGGGACGAGUUGGAAGAGGAAUUCCUAAUUCUUACACGGAUGAGACUGAUCACACCUGAUCAGUGAAAAAUUCUGACACCAAUCAUUUACAUAUUACACCAAGAAUUGACAAGCAGAUAAGUUUUCUAGUUUGCUAUGUUGAUAUAGCUUAGAUAGGGAAAAGAUAACUCCACUAUAGAGUAGGGCUGUACUUCAAAAAUCAAAAAGGGUCCCUCUCCCCCUUUUUUUAUUAAAAAAUCAAAAAAGAGGCCCCGCCCCCCAAGGCCUAAGGAAAAAACCUCUGAUAAAGAAAGAAAAAAUAUAGAACUAACCUUUACACUAUAACCAUUAAGUCAAGUUAUUAACAAUCCUAUACUAAGAGGAGAAUUCGGAUCAGCUCGGGCGGAAGAGGAGAGGCGAAGAAGAAGACAAUAAGCACUCAGAUUGGACCAACCUUUCAUUUAAGGUUCGUCAUUAUCUUUUCAAUCCUGACUAGAAUCAGGCUUCUCUUGAAAAAAGGUAAGGAGUUAUUCGAUAUAAUAUGGUAUUAACCCUAGCGCCUAAGUCACCCCCGCAAGGUAGGAAGAAGAUAAAGGAGAAAGUGAACGGAGGAAAAAAAGGCGAUAAGCGAACCGGCGGGCGGUAAAAACCACAAAGAAUUUAUAUAGAAAAAUAGGUACUACCAAUAUGAAAUUAAGAAAGACAUAUAUACCUGAAACAAAAUUCUGUAAUGACUAUGUGACCAUGAAGGGAGUAGUUGAUUCGCGUUCCAAUUCAUUGGCAAAAUCCGGUAUAAAUAUAAUAAUAUAACG